AUGCUAUCCGAAUACCCCCAGUACGACGGAUACUGGCGCCUCAGCCAGUGGUACUGCAAGAAAAAGGCAGACAUCCUGGAACACGUCCAGAAACAAGGCCGCAUCGUAACCCGCUACACACCCAAGUCUCAACUCGUCACAAAGCAAAACCUCACCGAUCGCGGCUCCCUACCAUACGAAAGCGAAGCCAUCAGCCUCGAGGAACUCCAGCGCUUCAUCCGUGACCGACGUCUGCAGUCGUCCGGCGAGACGCCCCGUCGAGCCGAGUGCGUGGAAGUACUUGAGAAAGCAGACGAAGAGCAGAAGUUCGAGAACUGUCGAUUGCUGCGCAAAGACGCCCUGCCACUUUUCUACCAGUCUACGGUCUUCAAUCUGUACUACUGCUACGAGAAGACCCCAGGCAAGAAAACAAGUCUCCAACACUGUCUCGAAACCACCCUCUUCCUCAAGAGCCUCAGCAGCACCCCCGGACCCAGCACCAUCGUCUUCAACAUCGGGUACCACCCCAGACCCGUCUGGAACGGCAAGCGCGAGACGAUCGAACAGAUCGCUCGCUGCAGCAUCUCCCUCCCCACCUCCUCCGUCCAAGUCGAGAUCGUCGGACGACACCAGGGGCUGUAUUCGAAAGCCCAGCUUCUGCGACUGAAGGACGGGCUCGAGAAGAUGCUCGAGCGGAAUCUGAAGGUCCUCUGUGAGGAGGGAGAUGGGACCAAGAAACUUGGGGAGAAGGAGAGGGGCUGUUUGCUGCAGGCGGCGUAUAGUGCGUAUCAUACUUGUCUAUGGGUGAUGCAGAAUCCUGUGAGGGGUCGGAGGUAA